AUACUCUGGUUUCCAUUAACCAGUGGAACUGAGAGCGCUGGAGAAACAGAAGUGGCUUUCACGAGAAAGGUGGGGUGCCAACAACACCCUCACAACAGGAUUACAAAGUCUAUAGAUUCUGAAGGCCCAAGCUGAUGAGAGCAACGUAGCCGCUAAGAGUGAGCAAAAACGUGUCUUGGAAAGGACAUUUAUCUAAGGAGCCAUGGAGCUGGGAGACGGGGACGCUCAGCAGAUAAGGCAAGUGCUGCUUUUCUUUGUUUUCCUGGGAGGGUCUUUGGUUUGCUCUGAGACCUGGAGCUAUUCUGUGGCAGAGGAAACGGAGAUUGGAUCCUUUAUAGCCAACGUAGUGAAAGACAUGGCUUCAGGUGCAAAAGACCUGGCUGCACGAGGGGCCAGAGUAAUUUUUGAUGACUAUAAACCAUAUUUGCGAUUGGAUCUGCAGACAGGCGACUUGCUUGUAAAUGAACAACUGGACCGGGAGGCACUGUGUGAUCUCACUGAGCCGUGCAUAUUGCAUUUCCAAGUGUUAUUUGAAAAUCCUCUGCAAUUUUUCCGUGCUAACCUUUUGGUCAAAGACAUAAAUGAUCAUACUCCCACGUUCUUAGACAAACACAUACUUCUAAAAAUCUCAGAAGUUACUGCACCAGGAACCUCAUUCCAGUUGGAUAGUGCUCAGGACUUGGAUGUGGGAAAGAAUGGUGUUCAAAACUAUACAAUAAACCCCAACCCCCAUUUCCACCUUAAAUUACAAGAUGAAGAUAAGGGCAGAAAAUACCCCGAGCUAGUAUUAGACCAAUCUCUGGAUAGAGAAAAGGUUCCUGAGCUUGGUUUAACCCUAACUGCCUUUGAUGGUGGGUUUCCGCCCAGGUCUGGGACUGCACAGAUUCGCAUUGUGGUCCUGGAUAUUAAUGACAAUGCCCCAGAGUUUGAGAGGCCGCUCUAUGAGGUUCAAAUACCAGAGAACAGCCCUUUGGAUUCCUUGGUCAUCAAGGUGUCUGCUACAGAUUUAGAUGCAGGAGUAAAUGGAGAACUAUCUUAUUCAUUUUCCCAUGUCUCCAGAGACAUAAGGAAAAUAUUUGAAAUCCAUCCAGAUUCUGGCCAAGUCUAUUUAAAAGCAAGUCUGGAUUUUGAGACAAUUCAGUCUUAUACAGUAAAUAUUCAAGCUGUGGAUGGUGGGGGCCUUUCUGGAAAGUCAGUCAUUUUAGUUCAUGUUGUAGAUGUGAAUGACAACCCACCAGAAAUAGCCAUGACAUCUCUUACCAGCCCUAUACCUGAAAACUCUUCGCCUGAGAUGGUGGUCGCUGUUUUCAGCGUUAGAGAUCAAGAUUCUGGAGAUAAUGGGAAGACGGUUUGUUCAAUACAAGACAAUCUUCCCUUUUACUUGAAACCUACCUUCAAGAAUUUCUACACUCUGGUAACAGAGCGCCCACUGGACAGGGAGGCCAGGGCCGAGUACAACAUCACCAUCACCGUCACCGACCUGGGCACACCCAGGCUGACCACAGAGCACAGCAUAACAGUGCUGGUCUCCGACGUCAACGACAACGCCCCCGCCUUCACCCAGGCCUCCUACACCCUGCUGGUCCGCGAGAACAACAGCCCCGCCCUGCACAUCGGAACCAUCAGCGCCACAGACGCAGACGCGGGCACCAACGCCCAGGUCACCUACUCGCUGCUGCCGCCCCACGACCCGCAGCUGGCCCUGGCCUCGCUGGUGUCCAUCAACGCCGACAACGGCCAGCUGUUCGCGCUCAGGUCGCUGGACUACGAGGCCCUGCGCGCCUUCGAGUUCGGCGUGCGCGCGGCAGACCGCGGCUCGCCCGCGCUCAGCAGCCAGGCGCUGGUGCGCGUGCUGGUGCUGGACGCCAACGACAACGCGCCCUUCGUGCUCUACCCGCUGCAGAACGGCUCUGCCUGGCUGCUGUUCGUGGCGGCGCGGCUGUGCAGGAGGGCCAGGGCGGCCUCGCUGGGGGGCUGCUCGGUGCCCGAGGGCCCCUUCCCGGGCCACCUGCUGGACGUCAGCGGCACUGGGACCCUGUCCCACAGCUACCAGUAUGAGGUGUGUCUGACUGGAGGCACUGGGGCCAGCGAGUUCAAGUUCCUUAGGCCGGUUAUCCCCAACCUUCUACCCCAAGGCUCUGAAAUGGAUAAGGUCCCACCCUUUUGAAAGGCUUUUGGGUUCAAUUAGGGACCCGAUUAUGAUGCAGAAUUUUUAGAAUGAGUCUGUUUCUUCUAGAUUUUAGUCAUUGUAAAGUUCUUCAUUUUAAGUGUCUUUGUUUCACUUUAGAGUUUUCAGCUUAAAAAAAAUUUAAACCUAUCUUUUGUCGUUCUUUAUAUUAAUAGUGAAAAAAUUAAGGUGAGCUGGGAUUUGCUUAAUCUGUUCCAAAAUGCAAACUCAAGUAAUUCACUCACAUAAAUUAACUUUCCCUUCAAGUUUAAUUGUAUGCUAGUCUCAGUCAUACUUUCUGGGUCUGGCCCUGUAUUCUCUCACCAAAGCAGUUUUUAUAUUGUUGAUAAUAUUAUAGAAAAAAUGCAUGAUACGAAUAAAAUCACAAUUCAUGGUUAGGUUGGUUUUUAAAGAGAUUAUAUAACUUAGAUUUUUAAAAAGUAUAAUCCAGGCCAGCUGUGGCAUGGUG